GAGCGUAUGCGAGAAUCUGCCCGAGAUAUUCGUCUGCGGCCAGGAUUACUUUUGGCAUGUAAAACCGAAGCCGAAACCUAUUGCUUGGAUGAACUGAAGAAGCUGAAGAUGCCACAAUAUGCACAAAAAAUGCUGGAAGGCGUCGUUGUUGGUUGUCUACGAGAGAAGUACCGUGAAUCAGCAGUACCAGUUGAAUUCAGCUUCAUAAUCGUAUAG